UGAGUCUUUUAGAGGGGCGUAGAAAGGAGGCCAUAUUGUACAGUUAAAUUAAAAGCAAAAAAAAGAAAAAUAUUAUAUCUGAUCGGCUGUUCGUUGGUUGUCUCCGUAAUAUCGUUGUUACGUCCCGCAAAGGCCUCUGUUACCCCGCGGUUUCGUUGCAAUUGAAGUGAUCAGUUUUCGGGGGGGGUUUAUAUAUUUUUUUGCUUAGUUCGUUAUUGACGGGCCUUUGUGAUUUGGAUGCCAAAGUGCGUCCCCGUGUUGUCAACGGAGGUUUAAUACGCGAGCCACCUGACAACGAGAAAGAGAAAGAAAAAGCGAUAGAGCGAGAAAGACAGAGAAUUACGUUUUUAUUCGUCGAUGUCAGCGAAAUAACGGACGUUAUAUCAAAACUGUGAGAGGACGUCCCCGAAACGUAAUCUGUCUCGCUCUUACGGAAAAAUCCAACCAGUUACUCCUUGUAUAUAAAUACAGUGAUCUCUCUCACACUAAACACACACUUCCAUACUUACACAUCACAUCCAUACAAAUUUCCUUGUAUCCCUUUCUUUCCUACUCGCACUACUACCCGGGGACAUACAUCAAGUCCCUCCGUACCACAAAAGCCGCGGAGAAGAUUUUUCGGGCUUCAUCGUUGACGAGAUGGGCACUCGAGACGACGAAUACGAUUAUUUAUUUAAAGUUGUUCUCAUCGGUGACUCCGGUGUGGGCAAGAGUAAUUUGCUCUCUAGAUUCACACGUAACGAGUUCAAUCUUGAGUCGAAGUCUACAAUCGGGGUUGAAUUUGCCACACGCAGUAUACAAGUAGAUGGGAAAACCAUCAAGGCUCAAAUAUGGGACACCGCAGGACAGGAACGUUAUCGAGCAAUCACCUCUGCAUAUUAUCGCGGUGCUGUUGGAGCGUUGCUAGUUUACGACAUAGCGAAACAUCUGACGUACGAGAACGUCGAGAGAUGGCUCAGGGAAUUACGGGACCACGCUGAUCAGAACAUCGUGAUUAUGCUCGUCGGAAACAAAUCCGAUCUUAGGCAUCUCCGAGCAGUUCCAACAGACGAGGCAAAGACCUUUGCUGAGACGAACAUGCUCUCUUUUAUUGAGACGUCUGCCCUCGAUUCGACCAACGUUGAGACAGCCUUUCAAAAUAUCUUAACGGAAAUCUACAGAAUCGUAUCGCAGAAACAGAUGCGAGACCCACCGGAAGGUGAUACGAUCCGGCCACAAAACGUAGAACCCAUCAACGUUAAACCAACAAUGAACUCGGAUGGUAUGCGUAAGCAAUGUUGCCAGUGACUCGCCACGCUGUUUGUCAUGAACAGCAGCAGCAGUAAUAGGAGGGAGGGAGGAUGAGGGAACGAAGAAAGGAGGAAGAAAGUGGUGGUUGGUGAAUAGAAACGUCAGGUGCAUUGAGGCACGAGGCUAAGACUAUGUGUGAGAUGGGAGAAGGGGCUUUUCUUCUCGUCAGCACUUGAUGAACAGAAAAGGAUGGGAAAGGGUGAGGCUGAAAUGACGACAAUGACGGCGAAAGCGACGAGAAUUGACUCUGAAACAACGAGAAUGAAAUCCACGAAGAACGAAAUCUUUUUGGCUACUGGAGCGGCAGAAAAGAUCAUGCGGACGAUCUGUGCGAGCUGAAAAGCAGAAUAACUACCAGGGAAUCAAGCAACGCCGCAUUUUUUCCGAUUGACUGGAAUUUCAACGCGAUACCCAUCGCAAAUGGCAUAUCUAACGAAAAUCAAGAAAAAAUCCAUCCUCGAAAGAAAAUUAAACAUUCGGCUGUCAAAGUCGUCGCAAAAAAGGUUUUCGCUUAAAGGACACACACCUAAUAAUUGAAACGAAGAAAAAGGGAGGGGGAGAGAAAAGCCGCAACACGAUCGAUUUGUUUCCCAAUAUUUUCGAUGUUGUCAUCAACAGCAGUGCUAAUCGAAUUUCUUCGAACUUGCUCUCUGUCUCGCUUGCCUCUUCCGGUCUGCCCAUCCCCACUUACCUUCUAUUCUCUCUCCCUCCCUCUCUCUUUCUCUUUGUCUCUUCCCUGUCAUUAAAUAGGCAGAAAAAAUGAAAGAUACAAAAAAUGAAAAAAAUAUAUGAGUAUGUAUAUAUAAAAAAGGAAACAACAAGCAAUUUGUAUAUAUACAUAUGUCAUAUACCAUCGAACGCAAUUCUCACACAGCGAACACAUUGAAGAAAAACACAAUUUACACACGGGAUCCAAGUAAAAUACGAAAAAAAACAAACAAAAUGGAAAAAAACAUAGUUGAAGAAAGGGAACGAGAAACAUUACACAAACACGUUGACACACGCGUAUAUUAAUUAUGUUACGAUAAUUGAAUGUUGUAUUACCGCUUCUUUGUAAUACAUAAUAUUAUGAUUAUUAACAUUUCUUCUAAGCAUUAAUAGUGUGAGAAAAGAAGCAUAACGCUGAGAAGAGCCGCACCGCGUAUUCGUAUGACGAAUGAAAACUGGAAUAAACACGACAAAACCACAUUGCGAUUUAAAAUAAUAAUAAUAUUUAAUGAAGAAUUAAACAAACGGUGAUUGUGAAUUAUAGUUGCACGCGCUCGUUCAUGGGAAAAAUUAGGGGAAAAAAUUACACACUAAUAUCUACAAAAUCUUAAACAUAACAAACGAAUAUCGGGAGAGGAAGAAAAAAAAUGAUUCGAGGAUGGAAGGAACAGGAAAAAGUGUCCGAUUAAGAGAAAAAAUACACUAAACUGGAAGAAUAGGGAACGAAGCAUCGUCUCGUUUGCCCACUGCGUCUGUCUUGUCGCCGGUAUCACGUAGUUAUUGUAAUACCAACUACUUAUAAAGUUUAGGGUUCACUUCGUUAUCGCUCUGCAGGCACCGCCCGACCAAGACGACGAUGACGACGAACGCUCCUGCUAAGUACGCGCUUCAACUAUACUUCUGUUUAUUAUUAUUAUUAUUAUUUUAAAAUGAUUGUAAAAUUAUGGUUCAGUUCCGUUUACUUUUUUUUUCUAUACGCAAAAUAAGAUUUUUUCACUAUUGUGAGCUAGUAAAAAAUGAAGAAAAAUAAAUAAUUGAUGGAGAAAAAAAUAAUGGAGAACAAAGCAGUAAUGACGGAACUGAGGAAAUCAUUUUGAUUUUUCGAUAUUCUCGAGACAGAAAAAUUCAUCCGCUUCCUCCGAGCUUCUUGAGGAUCGCAGGAUCUCGAGAUUUUUCAGUUUUGACUAAAUUUGUUCCGUCUGACCGAGGGAGUAACGAAGAAGAAAGAAAAGAGAGAGAGAGAGAGAGAGAGAAUAAAAUAAACGAAAGGAAAUAAAGUAUAUUUAAAAUAGUCCAUUAAUUUUAAUGAUUCUUGCGGAUGGUAAAGAUCUAACCGAGCGAUAUUACAGUUAUUUUUUCAUUACGUUACGAAUAUAUGAUGCUGAAAAGAAAAGAAAAAAAACAUUUUCUGCGUUUGUUAAACGAUCACUCUCGCGAAUGCGUGUUUGCGUGUGAGAAUGUAUGCAUGCGAGAUAGUUUGUGCUUGACUGUUCUGCAUCUUAAGGGGCAUGAUGAAAACCGAAGCGAUUGCUAAAAGGUGAGAAGAAAGUGCGACGCGAUCCUCUGUUUUGUAGAUCGAGAACUGAGGUGAGAAAAGCCCGGAGUAAAGAGAGGAAAGCCACGAGGAAAGAUUUACAAAGAGAAAGAGGAGAUGGAAGGAGAAAGAGAAGAAAACCACCUAAGUAGAAAUAAAAUUUAAUGGAUUCUUUUAAAAGCAUUGUAAAUUCAAGAAAAAAAAAACAAUAUUUAAGCUGCUUCUGUGCACCAAAAACUUGAAAAGAAAAUACAAAAAAAACCAAUAAUUGUGAGAGUUCGAAGAAUUGAAAAUUCGUGUCCUAACUCGUGUAUUGAUAAAAAUUGCUUUAGGGAGAUACUAAAAAAAAUGAAUGGAACAAAUGAAAUUAAUUGACUAAAAAUGAGACUUUGAUGCAGAGCUGAAAAUGAGUAAAAUCGCGUUCUGCUACGCAUUGUUUCCCAUCAUUUUCUAUUUUAUCUCUUUCGUUCACUCAUUCUUUUUUAUAAAUAAUAUAUACGAUAAGAAGUUUUUCUUUUUAGCUAAAAACUCGUUAUAGAAUCGAUUGUUUUCUACAAAAAUUUCGAUCUUGGUGAAUGAAAUCAAAAAAAAAAACUGAAAAAAAAAUUGAGGCAUAUUUAUCAUUUGAUCGCAUUAUUUGUUCAUUCGAAAUAAAAUAUUGAGGGAACGAAAAUGAAAGAAUAACGAAAUAGGCGAUAUUUGCAAACGCGAGAUAAGAUUUUCCUACGUUCUUAUAUUUUUCAGCCCUAUUGCCUGCCUCCCGAAACCUCGCCCGUAUACGUAGAACAUAAUUCUGUCAGAGUUUAAGGAUUCUUAAGGAAUAACAAAGAAAACGAAUGAAAUAUAAGAACAAUAUUGCGGUUAUAACUAGAACGAUGAAAAUAACACCACACAGUUUUUACUUUAUUUCUAAGCGACAUUAAAUUACAAGGAAUGAUUAUAAAUUUAAGAGAGGACGUAAAAAACAUACGAAUAACGAUGAAAAAAAAAACGACAAAAACAAAAAUAUAUACAUCACGAAGUA